AUGAAGACAAGGACCCUGUCCGACAACAUGACAACCAUCAAGAUCACAGGGAUCCCAUCGAGCUUCAACACAACUAGGAUCAGCGUGGCAACACAGCACGACCCACGCUACGUAGAAAUCCUGCGACGGUACAAGCACCUCACGCAACCCAUCAAACCAACUGAUGCAGGCGACCAUCAGACCCAACACCAUAAAAAGACCACCGGACAACCAGCAUAUUCAUGGCCACGACGACUCCCUCCACACAAAUUAGCAUAUGCCAAGAAAGCGUAUGAGGAGUUGCUGGCCGACAAUAUCAUCCGACCCUCAGACAGCCCAUAUGCCUCACCACUGCAUCUGGUACCCAAAUCCGACGGGGAUUUCAGGAUCUGCGUGGAUUACCGGAAACUCAACGCGUCCACAGUGCCCGACCGGUAUCCUGUUCCGCACAUCCACGACUUUGCCUCAGGUUUACACGGGGCCCGCAUUUUCUCAAAAAUUGACCUGACCAAAGCCUACUACCAAGUUCCACUCACUCCUGCAGCAUCCAGCACUCCUGCACCUUCCCGCUCUCCUGCAGCUUCCAGCUCUCUCCUGGAGCUUCCAGCACUCCUGCAGCUUCCAGCACUCCUGCAGCUUCCAGCACUCCUGCAGCUUCCAGCUCACUCCUGCAGCAUCCAGCACUCCUGCAGCUUCCAGCUUACUCCUGCAGCAUCCAGCACUCCUGCAGCCUCCAGCUCACCCCUGCGGCGCUCUACCGACGUCCCGCUACCUAUUCCAGCACCCGCUGACGACCUAAUCCAGUGCCCACUGACGUCCAGCGCCCGUUAUCGUCCGGACACCGUUCAAACGACCUCUGUCGUCUUACCAUCCACCGUUCGCAAAUAA